AUGCUUGAUGAAAGCCGCUCCAGGCAUGCAGCUCAACAGAUUGCCGAUGAGAUAAAUUUUAUCCAGAUUAUUGGCGAUCUUGCCGCGAAAUUCGAAAGAGUCGCGCAAGCCCCGUUUGCGGGAGUCAUUAGGACGAGCGACAACAUGGUCCCGUUCAUCACGAAACAAAAGAAACUCGCCAUCGCCUAUUCUAAAAAGCUCCGUGAUGCAAUUUCCGGCACCAAUACAGCUGCUGUUGAGACAGACCUCAUGCGAGACUGUCAGCCUCUCACAAAUAUCCAAGAUAGUCAUCGGAGUCCGACAGAGCAACUGAACCGCGACGCACCUGGAGAUGGCACUCAAGUGGGACCCUUUGAGGGAGCUGACGAUGGCGGAAAAGGAAAUUUCCAAACGCAAGAAUGGCCGCUUUCGGAUGAUCUCACGGGGCUGGAAUUAUUUGACAUGGACUGGGAAUCUAUCAUGCAGUCAUUCUCAAUACCGCCAUAA